AUGGACAAAAAAGGUAACUUUGAGAGGAUAAGAAAUAAAUUGAAAAGUGAUUUAUUUAAGAAUGAGAAUUAAUAAAAAUAGAAUGUCGAAGAAAUUAUCAAUCAAUGUCCAUAAAUAUUAGAAUAUGUUCAUUGCUCAAGUUAAAGUGAAUUUAAGGAUGAUGCUCCUAAAAUAAUCGAUUAUCUGUCCAAUAAGAAACAACUUGAAUAAAUGAAGCAAUCCUUCAAAAAUAUAUAUCAAAUUGGAAAAAUUCUGGGUGAAGGAGCUCAUGCAGUUGUCAGACAAUGUUGGCAAAUAACAAACCCAGAUGAAACAUAUGCUGUUAAGAUUUCAAGGAAUGCAGAUCCAGAAAUCACAGAAAUAAUGAAAUAGACAUUCCUUAAUACUGUGUCUUUAAAUCAUCCUUACAUUUGCAAAACUAAUAUGCUUUACAUUGAUCCAAACAUGGAAUGCUCUUAUUUAGUCAUGGACUAUUUACCUUAUCCAAGUCUGUAGCAUAUCUUGAAGUAGAGAAAGACUUUAGAUCUGAAUGAAACAUGCAUAAUCGUGAGAUAAUUGUUCGAGGCUGCGUCAUACAUUCACAAAGUUGGAUUGUGUCACAGAGACAUCAAACCUGAUAAUAUCGUCUUUGAUAAUGACACAAACACCAUCAAGUUAAUUGAUUUCGGGGUUUCAAAAAGAUUCCUUGUCGCUGAGAAAAAUUGCAAAGACAUCAAAAACAAUCUCCUGUGGACUGUGACAGGAACCAUGCCUUAUCAAGCUCCUGAAUUAUGGGUUGGUUCUGGAUAUUCUAAAUAGAUUGAUGUCUGGGCCAUUGGAGUUGUCUGCUAUCAGUUGUUGUGUGGUAAAUUACCUAUUGAUUAAGAGAAUCAGAUGGAAAGCUUUUCCACUUAAUCUGAGUACACUGGACAUUUGCAGCAACCAGAAUUUCUUCAAUUGCCCUCUUUGGUCAUUGACUUUAUCAAAAGGAUACUGAAAUGGAAUCCAGAUAAACGAAUCACUUCGGCUUAGGCUUUACUCCAUCCUUGGCUUUAUUAACCUAAGAUAUUUCCUAAGCAUAUAAAAAUGAGAUCAAAGGAUGACAUCGUUCUUGGGUCUAGUGAUAAACCUCUUUUGGGUAUUGUAAGGUCUAUGUAAGCAAAUAUGAAAAUAUUACAAUAAUCUGUUUCUAAUUCUAAUGAAUAAUUUAUUGAUAAAAGAGAUUUAACUAAAAACCAUGGAUAAAUCAUUAUAGCUUAUAAAGAAACCAGUUAGCAAAUCAGAGAGAAAUCGAUUCACUUUUAAUAAUCAAUCCACUCAAUUAAUCUUACCAAGUGCUCUGCUAAACCAAGUACCGAUGAUGUCAAAGACCUCUUUGAUGUCAUCAACUUUUGUGAUAGCAGUUCCUCCUUUGAGUCUUUAGAAGAAAAACAAUAAUUACAAGCCCAAUAAUAAAAAUAAGCGUAGCAACAGUAACAGCAGAAAAUUGGUUUCUCCUAACGACUAGGUGUAAUUAAGGAGGAACCAGAAACUCCAUAUAGCGAAUAACUUGUGAAAACAACUAAAGAAAUCGAUUAGAUUUGA